GGUGAUAUAACUGUGAGUAGUAAGAACGAAGCAUCUAGGUAUCAAGCCAGGAUAGAAGAUACUUUAAAUAUACGCCUCGGGACAAACCUUAAACCAGGAGACAUGAUUUUAACAAGUUUUGAAAAGUUGCCAGGCGGGAAGAAGAAAAAAUCACGGGUAUUUGAAAGGACACUGAGCUUCGAUGACAGCAAUCCCAGAGCUACAAGAUCAAGAGUUGGCUCCGGAGUCGGAGCUAUCCGGCUCCGAGAGGUUCUCAAGGACCUGGAAUCCGGCAGAAGUGUGAGACGACGAUCCUGGCACAAUGAACAUUUUUCUAAUUAUUUCAUAGAUUUUGGAACCAAAUCUAAAUACAGGAGUCCACAUAUUGCUCCUCUAGUGAUCAUAUCAAUCCCGGACCCGGAGUUAAACUCUCCAAUCCUAAACCUUCCUGAAUUCAAACCAGACCCAGAGUUGCAGGAGGAUAAACCAGGCCCCUCCUCAUCUUCCCCACCCCCCUCGCCAAGCUNUUAUAAAUUGAUGAAAUGA